AUGCAGAACUCUCUCCUCGCCCACGUUCUCCUCUCCCUCUCCGUCUUCCAGGCCGUUUUGGCCGUGAGCGUCCCCGCCGAUGCCCCCGAGAUUGUUGCUCGCCAAACCGCAGCCGUCGGCACUGGCUCCAUGCCAUUGCAGUGCAUGGAGUAUAGCCGCAUCGCCAACCUCUCUACAAUUGGUGCAAACAGCAGCUACCGAGCGCCGUUCAUGGCCGCAUCCCCUGUCGGUACCUCGAUUAACGCGGCCAUGCUCGACGCCGCCAUUGCCAAGCUGCCUGCUAUGACGAAGGACCAGGCACUGAACGACAUGUGCGGCAACCUGACAACUGUCGCGCUGACCGAGGCCGAGCGAAACCUCACACUGCGUACUGUGGCCCAGUUCGACAACGUGCCUGCCAUCACGGUGGACAAUGGGCUGGCGGUCGUCUUCACAACCGUUAUGGGCAUUGUACUGAUUUGCGGCACUGCACUGGCAGUUUGA